AUGUACACCCUCUUGGAUAUCCUGAAAGGUCUUCCCUUGCUCGCCGUCGCAGCGAUAGCAAGUGCAGACUACCCGACCAUCCCGUCAGACCUAACCACGCCUGUGCAGCAGCGUCUCGCUAUCAGUGGCAUGAACUCUGUCUCGGUCGGGUGGAACACGUAUGAGAAGCUACUCAAGCCGUGCGUGCAAUAUGGUACCAGCAGCACCGAUCUGUCGCAAGAGACCUGCUCACUCAUCUCGACCACAUACAACACUUCGAGAACUUGGUCAAACACCGUCAUUCUCACGGAUCUGACGCCAGCCACCACCUACUACUAUCAGAUUGUCUCGACAAACUCCACUGUCAACAGCUUUUUCAGCCCACGGACGCCAGGUGACAAGUCUCCGUUCACCACAAGCGUUGUGAUCGACCUGGGAGUGUAUGGUGCAGAUGGCUUCACCGUCGAUGCCGACGGCGAUCCCACGAGAAAGGUGCUCAUACCUGAGGUUGAGCCAGCGCUGAACCACACGACUAUCGGACGCCUGGCCGACACCUGGGAUGACUACGAAUGGGUUUUGCACCCCGGCGACUUUGGCUACGCUGAUGAUUGGUAUCUGACGCCGACCAACGUCGGUGACGGCGUGAAUGCCUAUGAAGCCAUACUGGAGAACUUCUACGACCAGCUGGCGCCGAUCGCGGGCGGCAAAGUGUACAUGGCCAGCCCUGGCAACCACGAAGCAGACUGUGAGGAGCUCGGCACACCGGCGAUCGAGCUGAGCUGCCCAGAAGGACAAAAAAACUUUACCGACUUCAACGUGCGCUUCGGCAAAAACAUGCCCACGUCCUUCAGCUCGACAUCGUCCAACACCAAGGCCAAAGUCAACGCCAACAAAGCGGCAGCGCUCGCCAACCCGCCUUUCUGGUACAGCUUCGAGUAUGGCAUGGUUCACGUCACCAUGAUCGACACGGAGACGGAUUUCCCCAACGCACCUGACGCUCCAUUCGGCACUGCUGGUCUGGACGGCGGUCCAUUUGGAUACACUGGGCAGCAGCUGGACUUCUUUGAGGCCGAUCUGGCGUCGGUCGACAGGACCGUGACCCCGUGGCUCCUCGUGGCUGGACACAGACCGUGGUACUCUACAGGGGGUCAGAGCAACAUCUGCUCGGCCUGCAAGACCGCCUUCGAGCCUCUGAUGUACCAAUACGGGGUUGACCUGGGUGUGUUUGGACAUGUGCACAACUCGCAGCGCUUUGCGCCUGUAAACAAUAGCGUUGUUGAUCCUGCCGGCAUGGAUAACCCCACGGCGCCCAUGUACAUCAUCGCUGGAGGCGCGGGCAACAUUGAGGGCCUGAGCAGUGUUGGAAACAAUAUCUCGUCGAACCGCUUUGCAUAUGCCGAGACCUUCAGUUACGCGACAUUGACCUUUGAGGACGAGAACAACCUGUCCAUCCAGUUCAUCGAGUCGGCCACUGGCGACAUUCUGGACAGCUCUACUCUGUACAAGGCCCACACGGAGCAGUUUGUCAACCAGUAGCUGCUGAAUUGUAGAGAGGAAGAGAGAUAUAAGGGGCAAAAAAAGAAGAGUGGACAGGAGAAAAAAGGGGUGUGCUGAAGAGAUUUUGUUCCUGUAUAUAUUGUAGAUUUCCAAUGUACAUGAGCCAUUGAGACAAAAUCUGAAUC